AGAAUCCAUUUCAGUUUGCUAGAGGACCAUUUUUAAUCUGAAUUGAACCACCCCUUUUGCUUUCUUAGCCAAAUCACCAAAAUGUGCAGUUAGAGUGAGAAUUUAGCCUUCCGCAAAAGAAGUUAACAGCUGAGAGGAAACAUUCUGAAAUGGAUCUCAAGUACUUCAUCUUAAUUUUGUUUUGUGGAUACCUGAAUGAUACAAUUUUCUCAGAGACAGAAGCAACUACAACAGAGAACCAACCACAGUCUGCUCUAUUGGGAUCACCAAUACCAUAUGUCUCCACUAAUUCUCAAAACACAACAGGGAAUCCUUUGGGUCAACCAACACAAUUCAACAACGUUGCUUCUGAACAACUAAUACAAACUGCCACAGUCACUGGACAACCAACACCAGCUGCCUCUUCUGAAAAACCAGCACCACAUAUUUCUGCUGGACAACUACCUGCCUAUAACAUCACCAGGCAAUCAACAGCAAUGGCCAGUGCUUCCUCCCCACAAAUGGCACUACCUGUGUUCACCUCUGCCAGCCAACUACCACUAUCUGCCCACACUCCUACCAGAAAACUGCCACCUUUUAUCUACACUUCCACUCAACAGCCAUUAUUUAUCCACACCUCUUCUAGUAAACAAGUAGCACCAACCAUUCAUAAUCUAGCCACACAACAAACACCAAAUGUCAAAAGUUCACCUAUGUUUACACCAGGAUUCAUCCUACAAACCACUAGUAGCAGUAAGAGCCCACCUAAAACCAAGUCUAAUUCAACAGCUGCCAUAUUAGUUGGUAUAAUUAUGACUUCUAUGUUGAUAGCUAUAAUCAUGAUUAUACUAUGGAAAUGCUUGAGAAAACCAGUUUUAAAUGAUCAAAAUUGGGCAGGUAGGUCUCCAUUUGCUGAUGGUGAAACCCCUGACAUAUGUUCGGAUAACAUUAGAGAAAAUGAAGUGCCCACAAAACGUACAUCAAUUAUUUCACUUAUGGCCUGGAAACCAAGCAAAAGCACAGUUUCAGCAGAUGACUUAGAAAUUAAGUUGUUUGAAUCAAGUGAAAACAUUGAAGAUUCAAACAACCCCAAAACAGAGAAAAUGAAAGAUCAAGCAAAUGGUACAUCAGAGGAUAGUGCUGGUGGAUCAACAAUUGGCACUGCCAUUUCCUCUUCAGACGAUGCAGAUCUGCCUCCACCACCUCCUCCCCUUCUUGACUUGGAAGGACAGGAGAGCAACCAAUCUGACAUAAUGACGUUAUCUCUUCUUCCAAGUGAUUCCACCAAACUCCCAUCUCUGGACUGUCUCAAUCAAGACUCUGAAGAUCAUAAUUCCGAGUUCCAAGAGUCAUUUCCACCUCCCCCUGACUCAUUUAACUUGCCCCUGGCACCAGAAGAUUUUAUGAAAAACCAGGAAGAUUCCAACAAGGAGACCCAGUGUCAGUUCUCUAUUCCUCUUGACUCUGAUCAAGAUCUCAAUGAAUCCCUGCCACCCCCACCUGAAGAAUUAUUAUAAAUACUACAACUUGCUUUUUAGCUGCUUUUCUGUCCUUAAAGGAUUCCAUCUUUUGUUUUACUCAUAUGAUGAAAUAUAUUCACUGGUAACUGGUAGCCAAUUCUGAUUUUUAUUCAGGAACUACCUGAAAUCUGCUCAAAGCUCAUGUGCAUACGUGGAACUUAUUUUUAAAAACUAUGUAAUAGUGAUCUAUAUACUGGCUAUAGUACCUAACUUUAAUGUAUAGUACAUUUUAUGUAGGUGGAUGGAUGUCAAAAACAACCAGUUUGGAAACAAAAGUCUACAUAUAUUUAAUAUCACCCAGUAGAUAGUUUUUUUCUUGAAAAGCCGUGAAUAAAGUUACCUUGAAUAAAUAAAAUUCUAUUUUUCCAUUUCAAAGUUUGAGGUGGGGGAAAUGAGAAAUUAAAUAUACAGUCUAAGUUUUAAAUUAAUCCCUCAGGUAUAUUAAAUAAAUGUUCCAAGUUUGUGUGGAUGUGAGAUUAAAAUGCAUGUUUGAGAAUAGAGAAAUAUCCUUUUUAGCUCUCAUGGAAAACAGUAAAACAAACAAAUUAAAACACCAAAAUGGGGGGUUGGUUGGGGACCUUCACUCUGAAUAAAAACAGGAGCAUGUACUAUAGCAUGUAGACAUUUGCUUAUCUUGUUGGGGAAGUACAAAUUUUAAAACUAGCCCCAUUAAAAAGUUUUGUCUUUACAUACCUUAAAAACCCAAACAAAUGAAAUCUUAUAUAAAGGGGAAAAAAAAACUUUUUGGCUUCAUUCCAAAUUUGGAUGAUUAUUUUUCUCUGGGUAAACAGAUUGUGUCAAAAUACAAAUGGUUCCCAACUUUCACUGAACUCACACUUUCUGACACUAUACAUUUGAGCUCUUAAAAACCACCUUUCUUGGAAGCAACCUAAGUGUCCAUCAGUAGAUGAAUGGUUAAAGAAGAUGUGGUACAUAUACACAAUGGAAUAAUAUUCAGCCAUAAGAAGAAAACAAAUCCUA